GACCGUUCAUUGGUCUAAUUUGCGCAUAUGUCUGCAUGGCACAACUGUAUUGUCAACUAGGAAAUGCAUUUCAUAUGCAUAUUAUUUGAUACGAAAUAACAUCGUAAAACCCCCAAACCACUUUUUUUUUAACUUUGAGAUAUUAUAUGUAAGUUGAGUGUUGCAUUGGGUGCACUGUGUUUAUGGUUAUGUUUGCCCAGAGUCCUUAAAGUAGUUGCGCAUUAAUGGCUGAGUUGACUAAGGAUGAACAUCUUGCAUGAUCCAUACAUAUAUCAUCCAGUAGCCUAUUGCAAUUCUUGAACUUCUUGUGGGGGCCACUGAUAAGCAGAGCAAGAGGGCUGGAAAAGAAGAGGAAGACCUAGCAUGUUGCGUCUGGCCAAUAAUAAGAUGAGGUUGCGUCACAGCCUCACAUCGCAGACCUCAAAUGUUGCAGAGAGAGGAGCAGAGCGAGAAAGAGACUAGUGAGAAAAAGUUUGCAAAGGGAUCGGGACUAACCUGGACAGCCUUGUAGACUGGUUUUAUGCGCCUGGGAAGUCCUAUCUGCUCUUUUUGACAUUUCGCAGCCAUUCUAUUUGACUGUUUGUAGGCUUAUUUGAGAUCGAAAAGGACUGUAACAAUCAUGGAACUGCUUUGUCUCGAGAUGGACACCAUUAUAAGAGCCCGUCCUGACCCGAAUCUUUUAUACGAUGACAGGGUUCUACAAAGCUUGUUGACCAUCGAAGAGAGGUUUCUUCCCCAGUGUUCAUUAUUUAAAUGCGUUCAGAAAGAUAUUCAGCCUUUUAUGCGGAGGAUGGUCGCGACUUGGAUGUUGGAGGUCUGCGAGGAACAGAAAUGCGAGGAAGAAGUUUUUCCACUGGCUAUGAACUACUUGGACCGUUUUUUAGCGGUGGUACCAACAAGAAAGUGUAACUUGCAGUUGCUCGGCGCAGUGUGCAUGUUUCUGGCGUCUAAACUGAAAGAGACGCGACCAUUAACUGCGGAGAAACUGUGCAUCUACACUGAUAACUCCAUUAGACCGCAAGAACUGCUGGAAUGGGAGCUGGUUGUUCUGGGAAAAUUGAAGUGGAAUCUGGCUGCUGUCACUCCCAAUGACUUUAUUGAGCACAUUCUGAGGAAACUUCCGCUGCCUGAGGAUAAGCUGGACCUGAUCCGUAAACAUGUGCAGACUUUCAUCGCCCUUUGUGCAACAGAUUUCAACUUUGCCAUGCACCCUCCAUCCAUGAUUGCAACGGGAAGCGUGGCAGCGGCUAUCUGUGGCCUGCAGCUCAACAGCACUAACCGCUCACUGUGGGGAGACAACCUAACAGAAUUACUCGCCAAGAUCACAAACACAGAAGUUGAUCUGUUAAAGGCAUGCCAGGAGCAGAUUGAAAGAGUGUUGAUGAAUAACCUGAGGGAGGGCCGCCAGCAGCAGCAGAAGCAGCAGCAGCAGGAACAGGGUGGCCCGCGCAGCAAAGCACUUGAUGACCAAGACCAGUCCAGCACCCCAACCGAUGUACGAGACAUCAACUUGUGAGCUUGCUGCAGGAACGCUGUGAUCAGUCUUCAAGAAGAAAACGAUAAAAAAACAACAAAAAACUAAAAUGACAAAAAAACAAACAACCCCAACAAAAAGUGCUUGCUAGUCUUUGUAGAGUUUUAUCUUCAUUUUACAGUAAAAAUUGCUCCCAUAAAUGAAAAAGAGAAAAAAAAAAAAUCAAAGCUAUUUUAGAUAAAAAUAAAAUAAAAAUAGAUAUUUUUUAAAUGAUUUGAUACUGAUGCAAAACGCUCUACGGUGCCUCAGACUCUUAGAAGGGAAGCGUGUAGUAUUUUGCAAACUCUUUUGAUUGUGUAAACAUAAUAAUAUGAUAUUUAAUGCAAAAGUGUUAGUGUAAAGGGCUUUUCAAAAUAGAGAGUCUACUGUAUCAGACUGGCUUGAAAGGGUACAAAAAGUGGGGCUAUGUUUUUUUUCUUCCUGUUUUGUUGUGAUUUUUAUUUUAUUUUUUGGUUCAUGUUGGAAUGCCUGAACUUGAACACACAAUGAGGUGCCAUGAGUAUGAAUGGACACACCCAUUCACUUGGCUGUGCAUUAGGACCAGAAAUAGGGAUUUAAAAAGGAGUGGUGAGACACAAGUCUUAUACUAAGAAUGCAGUGCUCUUUUGCUAGGGCAACAGGGGCUUAUAUCUUGAGAAUAGACUAUUAAUAUUAUUUUUAUUAUGAUUAUUAUUAUUUCUGUUAAACAAGCAGUUAUUGUUGCAAGUUAUUGUCUCUCGAUGCUAAAGUUACAGACACUUCAAAUAAGCUUUUGUCAAGCUGCUUGUGUGCAUGCAUUUAUGUGUGGUGUAUGUUUGCUCAUGUGCAAGCGUGUACAAGUUACUCUAUAUCAAGCACUCUUUUGUGAGUCAUGUGGGCUUCGUUUAUCUUGAUUAUCAUCUAUCUGCAAGUGUUUGGUUAUAGAGACUGGUUCAGUGGUGGGCACAUGGUCAAAGGACUGGACGGGGGAUAGUACAAUGCUUGGAGGGCAUCCUGUAUCAGUGCCUUACAUUAAAUGCUUUUUUUACUGGCCUUGAAACUGCUUGAGGGCUGAGCCCAACCCAGUGCACAGAACAAGAGGAGGCAAGAACAGGGAGCGAACCGAGACGACCACGUUCCCUUGUAUCUUCUAAAGGCAAGAUUAGUUGUUUUUAAAAUAUGUGGGUAGGGAUUUCCUUCAUGGCAACCUCCCACUAAAUAUUACAGAUGUAUUGUAUACAGACAGUUUAUUACGUUAUUACGUAUUUUGUUGUGAGCAAGUUGAAGGAGCCUUUGGCUGAUUUAUGGUUGGUCCCAUCAGGGACUGAAAAAUGAGUUGUUUGCAAACAAAUGUGUGCUAAUGCUGUUAGCAGCAAAGGAAUGUGUAGGCAAGAAUGAUCAAGGAUGAUGACGAUGAAACGUGGUUGGUUUGAGGUGUGAAGCAUGCUGCUGUGGUGAGGAUGCUUGUAUGGAGUUAGGAGAAGCAGGAAAGGAGGCCAAAGGAGAAACAACGGCUAUGGUUUCCAUAUAUCACCUGAUAUUUAAGAUUUUAAUCUAUUUGUCUGUUUAUUUGUUUGUCCUUUAGUUUUUAUGUCUCGUGUUUGAAUUACAAACCAGUAUCUAAACCAGUUCCAUUGAUACUGCUGGUGCAUAACUGGGAAAGGUUACUCCUUCGGUUUAAGUUCAGACAGCAUGUUUGCCAUGGAUAACAAGUGGUUAAGGUUAAGGAGUCUUUUUAUUUUUAUUUUUUUUUUUGGGCUGGUUUCCCAUGUUUAGUUCAUGGCAUGUUCAGUUCAUUAUAGUGUUAAAGCAUUGGAAACCAAUGUAUAACAACAACAACAAUGAAAUAACAAUAUUAAUGCAAAUUAAAAAAGCAAAAAAGACCAGGAAACAGAUGGAAAUAGAAGAAAAAAUGUUUGUUGAUUUGCACGCUCCAAGGGCAAUUUUCUGUUUGAAAAGACUUGUGCAACUGCAACAUAGCAGAAAAAAAAAUAUAUGUAGUGCCUUGAGUCUGAUGUAGACUUUCACCCUGUUUUGCUGAGGCUAAGCAUAAGACCCAGUACCCAGCCAUCCAAAAUACGCUGCUUCCAAAGGUUGAACUGGCAUGGGUUUGAAAACUUUUACAAGUCAUUACACAGCGGCUAAAACAGGGUGCAUCAGCAGCACAAAACGGCUUUCAUAUACUGAAUUCUCAUAGCUUACCUUGAAAAGGGGCAGUCGAGCUUAGGUUUGUGUCCGUCUGUGUAUGUGUGUGUGUGUGUUUGUGUGCAUGUCUUUCUGUGGGUAAAGGAGAUGUUUACAUGUACUCAUGCAUUUCCUUUCUCCAGAAACAGUUCUUAGUGAUGCUUGAGUUCCACAUGUCACAUUUCCUCCAUCCUCACACCAAAACCCCCGGUCAAUGUUAUUGUAUUAAGUUAGCCUGUCUUAUUAUUUUUCUAGCUCUGUUUUGAAAAUGAAUUACAGUACUGUUAAUAGAUUGUAUGGCUGGCUAAGUGGUUUGAGUUUGAAUAUGGACCGAAGUUAUGUUCCUUAAGGGGUAUGAUACUGUAUUCCAAAGUGAUGAGUGAUGGAAAGAGUGUGAAGACAUCAAUCAAGUGUCAAUAUUGUUAUUGUUUUUUUUUUUUCGCUGCUAAAAAGCUAUGAUUUUUUUUUGUUUUGUUUCAUCUUAUACACAAAAAUAACAUUACAUAGUUGUGAUGUCACAUCAGUGUGCUGCUAUUUUAUAAACAAUUGUAUUAUAAUUAUUUUACUGCUUACAGAAUACUUUUGAGAAUACAGAAGUAGAGGGUAAAAGAAGAACAUGAAUUGAGUAUUCGACUGGAAAUGCUCUUUGUACAGUGUGCUCUUAUUAAGGCAUGUUUCUUUACCUUUUAAUCUCUUUUUUUCCUCCUCUUCUUUCUCCGUCACAUUCUGUAAGUGUGGUAUCUCUAUACCUCAGGUUUACUGGACAUAAAAGACCUUCCCAUUACCUCACACAACUCACAACAGUUUUUUCGGGAACCUGGAAAGGGCAGCACAAAUAAGAGGUUAUGUUAUUUCUGCUGUGUCCUAUGUAGUAAAUUAAGUGGAAUUGAAUUUCCAAAGUAGAUGAAUAGCAAGCUUACAAGGCUCCCACCUGGACUUCAGAAAUAGUAGACGGAGGAGGUGAGAAUGUUUGACUGUGUCUUAUGUACACAGCCUAUAUCAGUGGAAAUAAACUUGUAAAUAUCAAAUAAGCAGCAACAACAUUGAGAAAAGCCCUCCUCCCUCCACUAUAACCAUAUCAUGUACCUCAGUUAAUUCUGUUGCACAACCUCUGUUCAAUAAAUCUGCUUUAAAGAGCUGUGUUGGUCCUAUGUUAUUGUUCCCUUCUAUUGGCAAAGUUAACAGUGAAAACAACAAUGGGAAUCUAUCCAGCAUGUUAUAACCUGGUAAAUAACGACUGUGAAGACCGUGUUGAUAAUCAGACACAGGCCAGAUGGAAAAUGACACAUUUCAAAAAUAAAGCAGAGGUUGACCUUUUCUGUUCAACAAUGUUUCCUUCCAGAAUUAUCCUCUAAAUAAUUACAACUAAAUCAGAGUAUCACAGCUGAUUUUGAGGAGAUUAUUUUUUUAGGGUUUGGCAACUCUGUGGAUAUUCUUUGGAUUUCUGUUGAACUCAAGUAAUUUGUCAUUGAGAGCAUGAAUCAAGUUCAAGGAGAGGACAUGCUGUAUGCGAAGGUCAAUAAACUUACCAUGAAAGAA